AUGACGAUUUUCUGUUCGCUCUCUUCCUGUCUUGACUGGAUGAAGUUUCUUUAUAGAAGGAAGGCGGCUCGCGCCGUCCCCGUCUUCUAUCUCGCGCGUCGUUCACUCUAUCGGGUUCGACCCCGUCGGCGACGGCGGCUUAUUCUUCCCGCCGCCGCCGCCGCCGUCCGUCGCCGGCUUCGUCCGCGUCCCGAGCCCUCUCCCCGGAAGCCCGCCGGCGUCCUUUCGCGUCGUCGUCGUCGUCGUCGUCGUCGCCUUCGCCUUCGCCUUCGCGGACGCCCCCCCGGGUGCCGCCGCCGCCGCCGCCGCGGCGGCGGCCCAGUCCACGGCGCCGUCCGCCGCGUCGGUUCGCGGCGUUCUCCGCGUCGGGUCGGCGUGCGAUCCGCCGCUCGAUUUCGAUUUCGAUUUCGACUUCGACUUCGACUUCGACUUCGCCUUCGCCUUCGCCUUCGCCUUCGCCGCCUUCGCCGCCUUCGCCGCCGCCGCGACGGCGCGUUCCGCCGCCGCCGCCGUCGCCGCCGCGCCCGGUCCGGGGCCGCCGAGCUCGAAGAUAGCCGCGUCGUCGUCCACGUCAUCCGUCGCGUGCGCGUAUCCGACCACGGAGGGCGGCGUUCGUCCCUGGGGCCCGCGGUUCCCCGCCGCCGCCGCCGGGUCGGUCGUCGUCGUCGUCGGUCGGGCAGAUCCAACGCCUCGUCGCGAUCCCUCGGCGGGGACGUCGGAGGCCGCCGCCGCCGCCGCCGCCGCGUACCGCGCGCGUCGUUGCGACGCGGCGAACUCGUCCAAGACCUCGUUCCACGAGUCCCGUCUCCCGCCCAUCCCCAAGGGCGAUCCCAUCAUCCCCGAGGGUAUCGCCCCCGAGGGUCCCGUCGACGUCCCGGGGAAGGGUCCCAUCGACAACCCGGGGCUCCAGGACGGCUCCACAGCAGCAAACGCGUCGUCGCGCAAUCGCUUCUCGUGCGCGCCUCGUCCUCGUCCCCAUCCGCCGCCCGCGUUAGGAAGGACGUUCGAGGACGGGUCCCACUCCCCCGCGCGAACUCUCUCGGGCGUGAGCCACGUGAACUGCCUGGAGACGCGCCGUCGCGUGCGCGGAUCGAUGGACGAUACCGUCGCGUCCUCGUCCCGUAUCGCGACCCACGUCGUGUUGCCGUCCUCGUGCAGGCAGUGGAACGGGUGCGACUCCGUCGGGUCGUAGUAUACGACGCACGCGUUGAAGUAUCUUCGGUGGCCGUUCUCGGACACCUUGCAUACGCGCAGACGGCGACCGAGCCAUCGGUGCGCGUCGUCGAGAUGUUUCCGCGACGACGCGGAGAGCGUCGCGGCGGGCGCGGGCGACGACGGCGCGGCGGGGGAGUUCCCGACCGCGAGCCCGGGUUUAGGAUGCUUCGCGCGGCCGACGCCGCGGCCGGCGCCGCGACCGCCGGUCGCCUUGCGCUUCGGCCGCGACAUCCUCGCCGGGACCUCGCGCUAUGA